UUGCAAACUUUCUUAGCAUCAUAUUCCUCGGCUAGCUCCCAUCUUCCGGUGGCCAGGUCUUCUUCCUCCGCAAUCUUGCGAUCUCCCGAAACAACCCAAAGAGAGGUACAGAGGAGUAAGCAGAGGCAGACGCAGGAACAAGGAAAGAUGUGGCGCUGCGUUUCUCGUGGCUUUCGCCUUUCUUCAUCUGCUUCAUCGAAGAGAUCGAUCUCCAGCGAACCUCUUAAACCCCUCAUCUCAAGAUUCUUCUCCACUCAAUCACCUCGAUUAUCUUACACCAUUGUUGAUCACACAUACGAUGCUGUUGUUGUUGGAGCUGGUGGCGCUGGGCUUAGAGCGGCCAUUGGACUCUCUGAGCAUGGGUUCAAUACAGCUUGUAUUACCAAACUUUUCCCAACUCGUUCACAUACUGUCGCAGCACAGGGUGGGAUAAAUGCUGCAUUAGGAAAUAUGAGCGAAGAUGAUUGGAGGUGGCAUAUGUAUGACACAGUCAAAGGAAGUGAUUGGUUAGGUGAUCAGGAUUCUAUUCAGUACAUGUGCAGGGAGGCACCAAAAGCAGUCAUAGAGCUUGAAAAUUAUGGAUUACCAUUCUCUCGAACUGAAGAUGGGAAAAUAUAUCAGCGUGCAUUUGGUGGUCAAAGCCUGGACUUUGGAAAAGGUGGACAGGCCUACCGUUGUGCAUGUGCUGCUGAUCGAACUGGCCAUGCUUUGCUGCACACAUUAUAUGGUCAGGCAAUGAAACAUAAUACACAGUUCUUUGUGGAAUAUUUUGCAUUGGAUCUUCUAAUGGACAGUAAUGGUACCUGCCAAGGAGUAAUUGCACUAAAUAUGGAGGAUGGGACACUACAUCGGUUCCAUGCUGCUUCAACAAUUUUGGCAACAGGGGGCUAUGGUAGAACUUAUUUUUCUGCAACCUCAGCUCAUACAUGUACAGGCGAUGGAAAUGCCAUGGUUGCACGUGCUGGGUUACCUCUUCAGGAUCUUGAGUUUGUGCAGUUUCACCCAACGGGUAUAUAUGGUGCUGGAUGCCUAAUUACUGAAGGAUCUCGUGGUGAAGGUGGUAUUCUUAGGAACAGUGAAGGUGAGCGGUUUAUGGAACGGUAUGCCCCUACUGCCAAGGAUCUUGCAUCAAGGGAUGUUGUCUCAAGAUCUAUGACAAUGGAAAUACGAGAAGGUCGUGGCGUAGGACCAUUGAAGGAUCACAUCUAUCUCCACUUGAAUCACUUACCUCCAGAAGUUCUCAAGGAGAGGCUUCCUGGAAUCUCUGAGACUGCUGCCAUUUUUUCUGGGGUUGAUGUUACAAAGGAGCCCAUCCCAGUUUUACCUACUGUUCACUAUAAUAUGGGUGGAAUCCCUACAAACCACCAUGGAGAGGUAGUUCGCAUUAAAGGUAAUGACCAAGAUGCAGUAGUUCCCGGAUUAAUGGCUGCUGGAGAAGCAGCAUGUGCAUCAGUUCAUGGUGCCAAUCGGCUUGGUGCAAAUUCACUACUUGAUAUUGUUGUUUUUGGCCGAGCUUGUGCAAAUAGGGUAGCAGAGCUCCAUAAACCAGGGGAGAAACAAAAGCCAUUGGAAAGUGAUGCUGGAGAAAAAACCAUUGCAUGGCUGGAUAAACUAAGAAACUCAAAUGGUUCAUUGCCAACUUCAAAAAUCCGUUUGAAUAUGCAACGGAUAAUGCAAAACAAUGCUGCUGUUUUCCGUACUCAGGAAACAUUAGAAGAAGGUUGUCAGUUGAUUGACAAAGCAUGGGAAAGCUUUCAUGAUGUUAAGUUGAAGGAUCGGAGCCUGAUAUGGAACUCAGACUUGAUAGAAACUAUAGAAUUGGAAAACUUAUUGAUAAAUGCAUGUAUAACCAUGCAUUCUGCUGAGGCCAGGAAGGAGAGUAGAGGAGCACAUGCCCGUGAAGAUUUUACGAAAAGGGAUGAUGAGAACUGGCUGAAACAUACACUGGGAUACUGGGAGAAUGAGAAGGUCCGGCUAGAUUACAGACCAGUCCAUAUGAAUACAUUAGAUGAUGAGGUUGAGUCAUUCCCUCCCAAAGCUCGCGUAUAUUGAUACUUCUGCUCAUGAAGAAGGGACCGACCUGUGGAUGGCCUGGUUACAAGGGAUCCAAUAAAUUAUUGAUAGCUCGGCAUUUUGACAAUUAUUGUAGGCUACAUCAGAGUGGUUGAUCUGAUAUGUAUGAUCAGAAUUUCUCUAAUCUCACACAAUAAUCAGGCUUUACAUUUGCGCUCUUGAAUAAAUUUUUUGUACCCUGUCAUUGUGACAUGAUCCUUUUAUUUCUUGCAUUUUAUGGAAUUUGUAUAUUAGUGUCCGUAAUUCAUAUGCAUUGAUGUAUGAUGAAACCUUUAGGCACAAUUUUGGAACUGGUAGUUGGAUAACUAAAUAA